AUGGCAGAGGGCUUCUCGCCCACCGCGCCCUCCUCACCCGCAGGUGCCCGGCGCGUCCUCACGACCGAUGAUUCCUCCCAGUCCUCCCAAUUCCGCCAUCGCCCCUCAAACCGCGGUUACGCGCAAGACGGACCCGCACAAGGUAUCCGCCCCCGCCGCAGCUCCAAUCUUUCGGACUACAGUCUCCGCGAAUCCCGGAACUCGUUCCAGGCCUCGACGGAUGAUUUACUAUUGCCGAAACCGAGCGGGGUGGACCAUGAGACGCACAAGAGCUCGGCGUGGGACAGCGCGCCACUGGCGUUUGCCUUGCUGCCCGCGCUGGGGGGGAUGCUGUUCACGAAUGGGAGCUCGGUGAUCACGGAUGUGAUGCUUCUGGGGCUGGCGGCAAUAUUUCUAAAUUGGAGUGUGAGGUUGCCGUGGGACUGGUACCACUCGGCGCAAACGAUCCGCAAGACGGAGGAGUACAAUGGGGAGGCCAUGCUCGCCGAAGAGAGCGAAGAUGACGAAUUGAGUUUCUCGCAGGCGACUCUGGAGGAAGUCCCCGAGGACGAUGAGCAGACUCGACCGCCUUCGAAGACGGAGGCAAAACCGGGACGAAAAAUUCUGGCGCAUGAAGCUGCCACUAACGAACUAUAUACAUAUGAACUCCUCGCUUUACUAUCUUGCUUCCUUUUUCCGGCGCUGGGGGCGUAUUUGCUGCACGCGAUUCGGGGACAGUUGACUCGGCCUUCAGAAGGCUUGGUUUCGAAUUACAACUUGACGAUCUUUCUACUCGCGUCGGAGCUGAGACCGAUGGCACAUCUAUUCAAAUUGAUACAAGCGCGGACGCUGCAUCUCCAGCGGGUAGUCGGUACGAACCCGUAUGAUGUAAAUGGAAGUCCAUUAAGCGAUGUGAAGGAACUCGCAAGAAGGCUGGACGACUUGGAAGCUAAGGGGUUGAUGGUGGAUCCGAGCAAACCUGCCGCAGAACCCACUUUGAGUGGAAAGCAAUCGGCUGUUCUCACGGCGGAUGUGCGGAGAUCUAUGCAGCCCGAACUGGAUGCGCUGAAUCGAGCUGUCCGGCGCUAUGAGAAGCGGGCUACUUUGCAAGCGUUCCAGACCGAUUCAAGACUCCAUGAUCUGGAAUCGAGAUUGAACGAUGCCAUUUCUCUUGCCGCAGCUGCUGCCAACAGUGCACACCAUAAGCGUGGAUUUACAGGCGUCAUUGUCGAGUGGGUCGCGACUGCAAUCGUUAUCCCAUUGCAAGCUCUCGGCGCCCUCGCCACUCUCCCUAUCAAGACAACAGCUUCACUAAUAACCUGGGGACGGAUGAAGAUAUCUAGACAGCGACCACCUCUCCCAGAGAGAGGCAGGAAGUCAGCCAACGGAAACGGGAGGGUGCCUGCGAAUGGCCGCUUUGGCGAUCGAGUGCAGCUUCGUGGGAUGAAGAAAUAG